AUGAACCGACGCAAAGCCUUCAAGGCGUCCAUGGUACGCCUUGUCUUUCUCUGUCACGGGAUGAUCGCUGUUUUCUCUGCCGUGUAUACGACCCAGUUGUCGGAGUACUGGUUCAUUGGAGUCACGUCCGUCCUCUCCAUGUUCGAGAUGAUUCUUACGUACAGACUCAAUGAGAACGGAGAAUGGAAAUGGUUUGUUCCAUCAGCCUUCAUCUAUCUGAUGGCAGUCACGCCAGUAGUGUGGAUACUGGAACUAUCAAUGUUGGACUUCAGGCUUACACUUCAAGCGGAAAUCGGUGACAAGUCAAAUUGCUUCUACAAACCACAAGACUUCUGCGUUGCUGGUGGCAACCUCACAACUGUAACGCGGUCUAAGAAAGCAGAGGAAACUUACGAACUCCAAUCAUCCUUCUCAACAACUCUUCAGCAAACCUUGAUGCUCGUCUUGAUCUUAGGCCGUUGGCUUCUACCAAAGGGACAGCUGACCCGUGACCAGUUGUCCCAACUCCUGCUCGUCUACAUCGGCAUGGCGGCAGACAUGUUGGAGUUCUCAUCCGAGACGCUGAGACUGGAAAAGAUCGCCUGCAACCUGGACAUCUUCUACCUUAUCCUGGCAGUGUGGACUUGGAGCUUGAUGCAGUUUACCCUCGGCUUGACUGCCACCAAGGCCAGGAAGCGCCGUGUGGCCGCUAAGGUGUACCGGUCUGAGCUGGAAGAAUUGAACAAACGUCGGUACAGGUACUCCAAGAAAGUCUCUGUGUUCUGCUGCGGCACUGAGCUGUGGGCCUUACUGACCUCAGUAGUCAUACAGGACGGACCGUACCUUUGCGUUCGCCUUUAUCUCAUCUUCGCCUUGGGCAUUUAUGAUCAGUCAACUAUUUUCUUUACCUGUAAGAAUGCCCUACUGCUAAUUCUUCAGUUUUACCGCCUUUCGGUAGUCCUAACGGAAACCUACAAACAGCACGAGAAGAGUCUACGCAUCCGACGUCACGCACAACUUACAACGGAUGAGCCAAUCAAACCAGAGGACCCAACCAACGAAGAUUUGACGGCGGUCAACGAAGUUGCACUGGCGGUCAUAUCCGGUCACAUGGUCCCCAAUGGUGGAUCGGCAACCAAUCACACCGACGGUGGUAAUCAGGUAGCCAAUCACACCACACAUGUUGAUGACGUAGGACAGCACCGACCCAAUGGGGAUGCAGUGGUGAUCGACAUGGGCAAUGGACAUGUAGAGACAGAAUCUCCUAAGAAUGGAUCCAGCAAUCGAAGGAUGAACGGUGGUCUGAAGGUCGACGAUGCGGAAAUAUAUUCACAUCAUAGUGUGACUUUUAACUUAGAUGAUGACCGAUAACAUUAACAUGAACGUCAAUUUAUUUAUCUUGCGUUUUAAGUCAGAGACCAGAUGUGAUACUUUUUUAAAGAAAAUAAAUUUUGGUAGCUACAGCUAAGU